UGGUGAAUGACCGAAGAUGUCUCACAGUAGGUUGUUUGCCAGGUUGCUGCUGCAGCAGAGUGGAGUCAGGCACUGUUAUAAUGGUACGAGGCAGAACCUCUACAUUGACAAGAACACCAAGGUCAUCUGUCAGGGGUUCACAGGAAAACAGGGGACCUUUCAUAGUCAGCAGUCUUUAGAUUAUGGCUCCCAGUUAGUUGGAGGAGUUUCUCCCGGCAAAGGGGGCAAGACGCACCUUGGAUUGCCAGUCUUCAACUCUGUCAAAGAGGCGAGGGAGGGCACAGGGGCUACUGCUUCUGUCAUUUACGUACCCCCCCCAUUUGCUGCAGCAGCCAUCAUUGAGGCCAUUGACGCAGAGAUGCCUUUGGUGGUGUGUAUUACUGAAGGUAUCCCCCAGCAGGAUAUGGUGAGGGUCAAGCACAAGCUGCUGCGCCAGAACACCACCCGCCUCAUUGGCCCCAACUGCCCUGGAGUGAUCAAUCCUGGGGAAUGCAAGAUCGGGAUUAUGCCAGGCCACAUCCACAAGAAAGGACGGAUUGGUAUUGUGUCCAGAUCGGGUACCUUGACAUAUGAAGCUGUGCACCAAACUACACAAGUUGGUCUCGGCCAAUCACUCUGCAUAGGUAUUGGUGGUGAUCCAUUCAACGGGACAAACUUCAUUGAUUGUCUGGAGGUGUUCCUUCAGGACCCCAAGACGGAGGGCAUAAUUCUGAUUGGAGAGAUCGGCGGCAAUGCUGAGGAGAAUUCAGCAGAGUUCCUGAAACAGCAUAACUCUGGUGCCAAGGCCAAACCUGUGGUUUCAUUCAUUGCGGGUCUUACUGCACCCCCUGGCCGUAGAAUGGGCCAUGCUGGUGCCAUUAUCGCUGGAGGCAAGGGUGGAGCCAAAGAGAAGAUUGCAGCCCUCCAUUCAGCCGGGGUUGUAGUCAGCAUGUCUCCUGCCCAGCUAGGCAGUACUAUGUUCAAGGAAUUUGAGAAGAGAAAGAUGUUGUAAAUUGCGAGUGAGGGCAUCCCACCCUUGCCUGAAGCAAAGAUGAACAACCUGAUUCUUGAGGUGGCUCGCCUAACAGUCAACGCACCCUGGACAGCGCAGCCGUCACAUGCACACAUAGUGUUUCUUACUCAUGGAACUUCAAUUACUGCUAUUGCAUUUUACUUUCCAUGCAGAGAAAGAAUAAAUAAUACUGUAUAAAUGAUAUCCUACAUUGCUUGCUGUCCAAAGUGUAAAAUCUUGUUGUAGAAGUGUUCUUUAGAAUAUGUUUGUAGUCAAUACCCGAAUUGAGACACACCAUGGUAACCUUGGUGAUUCAUCUCUGUUUGUCCUUCUACUGUAUGACAUUCUAUCACACGGCUGUCCACCUCAAUAAGAAGUAUUUCUUAAAUCA